AUGGCCAACGUCGCCCGCAGGAUCAACGCCACCGUGGAGGAGCAGAGGGACUCGCUGGAUCUGUCCGGCUGUGGCCUCGUUAGUUUCCCUGACGGCAUCUUCAAGAUGAUCCGCAGCUGCACAGACAACAUCCAGAAAAUCUCUCUGGCCAACAACCAGAUCAAAGCCUUGAGCAACAAGUUCUUCCUCACGUUUACUCGGUUAAGAGAGGUGGAUCUGCAGGGGAACGUCCUCACAACGCUGCCGGAGGCGGUCGGAAACAUGCAGCACUUGAUCAGCAUCGAUGUCUCCAGAAACAAGCUGAGGGUUUUCCCCGAGCGCCUGACGGAUGUGAGCAGCCUCCAGCACAUCAGCGUGGAGGAGAACCAGAUCACAGAGCUGCCGAUGGAGAAGCUGUCUCUGAUGCCUGCUCUGAAGAGUGUGGAUGUGCGGAGUAACCCGCUGACGCCGGAGGCCGUGUCUUUCCCGCAUCUCUUCACGCUCCUGACAUGAGUAAACACAUGGUAAAGAACAUGAGGAACGGUGGGCUUCUGUCUGUCUCUGAUGCUGCUGUUUCAUUUCCAUGCACUGAACCGCAUGCUGUGCCUCCGAAUAUUUCAAUAAAAAUAUUUAUUCAAUCCUGCAAA